AUGGUCAGCCCAAACAUCAGCUUCUUCAGUGGAUUUUUUCUGCUAGGCUUCUCUGGUCAACCUCUGCUAGAGAUGACCCUCUUUGUUAUCAUUGUUAUUUUCUACUUGCUGACUCUGCUUGGCAAUAUAGCCAUCAUUUAUUUGGCUUGUCUGGAUCCUAGACUCCAUACCCCUAUGUACUUCUUCCUUAGUCAUUUGUCUUUCAUGGACCUCUGCUACACCACAAGCACAGUCCCACAGCUGUUAUUUAACUUGAAGGGCCCAGAGAAGACAAUCACUUACGGAGGUUGUGUGGUCCAACUCUAUGUUGCCUUGGCAAUGGGUUCCACAGAGUGUAUCCUUCUUGCAAUUAUGGCUGUCGACCGCUAUGCUGCUGUGUGUCGGCCUCUACAUUAUGCCAUUAUUAUGCAUUCACGCUUCUGUUUGCAAUUGGUGGUUAUGACUUGGGUGACUGGUUUGGCUAGCUCAUUGGUACAGACUGUGCUCAUCAUUCAGGUUCCCCGGUGUGGGCAUAACAUUAUAGACCAUGUCUUCUGUGAAAUACCAGUUCUUCUCAAACUCUCCUGUGUAGAUACCACAGCCAAUCAGAUGGAGCUCUUCUUUGUCAGUGCAUUUUUACUCCUGGUGCCUCUCUCUCUCAUUCUUAUUUCCUAUGGCUUCAUUGGUCAAGCUAUUUGGAGGAUCAAGGCAUCUGAAGGACGCCAAAAGGCUUUGGGGACUUGCUCUUCCCAUUUAGUGGUGGUUUUCCUGUUCUACGGCACUGCUACAGCCAUGUACCUGAAGCCUAGUUCUACCACUUCUCAGGACCAGGACAAAUUCAUGGCAUUAUUUUACGGAGUUGUCACCCCAACUUUAAAUCCAUUCAUCUACACAUUGAGGAAUAAAGAUGUGAAGGGGGCACUGAGGAAAAUGGUGGGUAAAGCGUAA